AUGUCUAAAGAAGAAAGAGUCAAGAAAGUUAUUGCCAACAUCACCAAGGACCUCACAGAUCUUGCUGAAAUCCUGCUCUCUGCCAACGAUACGCCUGCUUCUGUAGCCAACGAUGACCACAAAAGAAAGCGCAAAGACCCUAAUGCGCCCAAACAGCCUCCUUCCAACUUCUUCUUGUUCUCAAAUUCCAUCAGGGAACAGGUUGAUAAGCAACAUCCUGAAGCUAGCUUCACUGAAAAAUCAAAGAUUUACGGUGCCAGAUGGAGAAAAUUGUCUGAAGAACAGAAAAAGCCUUUCACUGAACUUGCCAAGAAGGAAAGAGAAAAGUACUUGAAGGAAGUAGCUGCUUAUGAAAAGGCUCAUCCCGAACUUGCACAACAUACGGAGAAAAAGGCCAAGAAGGAGUCUGUCAAGAAAGAAAAGCCCACUCAAACGAAGGCUGAGCCUGCUGAAACUCCCGCUGCUGCUGCUGCUGCUGCUGCCUCAUCGUCAUCAUCAUCCUCUGAUUCCAGCUCUGAUUCCGAUUCUUCAUCCUCCUCUUCCGAUUCUUCUGAUAGCGACUCUUCAUCAGACGAUAGCGAUUAA